GAAAGAAGAAGUGUAAAACUGAAUGCCUUUUUAUUCGCUCUGGGGCAAGAACCAUCAAUAUUCUUGCGGAUAAAAAUCCUAGGUCUGUUCAGGAGAAAAUGAAGAAAGUAACAGACGAUGUGAAGUCUUGGGCUUCAUCUAGAAAGUCAGCAGAGGAGAGGAACAGUCAGUCUACAGGAAAAAGCUCUCAGGGUCAGAGACUUAAACAACUGAUCACUCAUGGGAGGGACAUUCUGGAAAACUCUCUACAGUUUAUUGUCAUCACAAACAAGUGUCAUGUCAGUCAGCUGGAGCAUCUGACUUUUUUGAAAGAGCUUAAAUUGUUUGUAGUCCUUGAUUUUGAUCCAGAGUCCCAAAAGAAUGGAACCUUUAGCUACUAUCGCAAAGAUCGUACGGCUAAUAUACACUACCCACGGCUGUACGAUACUACAGACAACAUCUCUUCAAUUAUUAGCAAACUGAACUUGUUUAAACAGACCAGCUGGGUUUUUUGUAAUGGUCAAGUCAAUGAAACUGAACCAGAUAUGCCUUUCAGCGAUGGUGAAUGGCUAAAAAAAUGUGCACAGAAAAAGAUUUAUUUUAUUUGCAAGCCUGACAUUAUAUCAAAGGAGAAAUUAGUGGUUAUGUUUUUACUCCACUCAACUGUGAAUGACAUCUCUAGCCCAAUCGUUGAGACAUUCUGUGCAGUUUACCAAAAACUUGAAGGGGAUGACAACAUGCUUUGCAUAUGUAAAGAUUUAACAGUAUUUGAACAAUGGAAACAGGUAGUACAAACUCGGUGUAAAAUUGAUAUCACAAGUAAAUGUAUUUAUGAGUUAAGUCUAAAUGAGAUCAGUUGCACCAUUCAAAAAACAAGGGAGCCUCAAACAAGUUCAGUGAACAGAUACCUGCCCUCCUUUGGCUCUAGCUCAGUCCUUCUUACUAAAAAGGAUGAAGCUCAGAUGACAGUCCUUGAAAUACUUGCUGAGAAUGAAUGUGAAAAUACAGAGAUUGAAACAACGGAUUCUUUCCUGCAAUUCAAGAAUAAAACAGAGGAGGAUUUUUACAGAGGUGGCCAAGUGAAAUGGUGGAACUUCUACCUGUCAGAAAGACCAGGGUCCAUUCCAUUCAUAAAAUGUGACAAGUACGAGGAGCUUCACAACCUCAUAACACCAACAGAGGGUUACUCAUCCCCAUGUGUAAUAAUUAACUUGUUCCAUCACUCUGUCUGUGGUGGAACUACACUGGCCAUGCAUGUGUUGUGGAACCUGAGACGAAAAUUCAGGUGUGCCGUCUUGAAAAACAAUUCGGCGCAAAGCAGUGAAAUAGCGGUCCAAGUCACACAACUGCUGACCUAUGGAAAAGAAGAACCAUCAACUUAACUCCUUUUAGUGGAUAACUGGGAAGAUGUUGAAGAUCUACAGCGCUGCAUAGUCUGUGCAGCACAAGAGAAAAAAAAACAGGAGAGUUUGAUGGUGAUCAUCCUUAACUUUGAGAGAUCGCAGUUUCCGAGCGAGAGCUCCAGAAAGAGCAGAAUUGACAAUGUGUUCAUUACCAACAAACUUUCCACAAAGGAGCAGGGCUUUUUCCAGAUGAAGCUGAAGGAACUCAAAGGCCAUCAUGAAAAACCUGAAACAUUCUAUGCCUUUAUGAUCAUGACUAAUGACUUCAGUGAAAAAUACAUUGAAAACCUUGUAUGCAACAUCCUGAAAGACCUUGAUGUCUCAAAAAAAGAAGGACAGUUACUCUCAUUCUUAGCACUGUUAAAUACAUAUGUACAUGGCUCAUGUAUGUCAUUGUCACUAUGCGAGGAACUUGUUGGAAUCAAGAAUCUUUGGAAGCAAGAAACGCUGGAAGAAAAAAUGAAUCUUAACUCAACCUUGCUUAUCUCUUUCCAUGUGGAGGAAUGUGGCACUUAUCAAGCAGUUCGCUUCCUGCACCAAAUGAUUGCAGAAAACUGCCUCAAAGUCCUAAUAAGCAAGCACAAUCUUAAACUGAGUGAAAUAACAACCAACUUACUGCAUUGCAGCCAACUGUACAAAUCUGGUAUGGGCAAAGAUAUACUCAUUCAAAGUAUUCUGAGUAUGCUGAUCACCCGUCAAAGAAAGGAACUUGGAGAUGACAAAGACACUCUCUUUUCUCCUUUGAUUGAAGAAAUGCCUCUGGCAGAGAGCAAAGAAGUUCUAACACUUGCCACAAAAAGAUUUGACAAAAAUGCAACCGUGCCUCAGGCUCUAGCGAGACACUUCUACUGAAAGAGAAAGAUUUCAUCUCUGCUUUGCAAUGGGCACAGGAUGCAAGACAAAAGGAGUACAACUCUUAUAUCACUGACACUUUGGGGCAGGUUUACAAAAGUCAUCUGAAAUUUAUGUUUGAGAGAGAGCAGGAAAACGAACUCACUCCAGAGGACUUAGAGAAAUGUUUGCAGUUGGCUGUCAAGGCCACUAUGGCAUUCAAAGAUUCACAGGAUCUUGCAAAAAAGGACG